UUUAAUUAGCUAGGCUGUAUGUACGUACACACGUACGUACAUGUAUUUCUGAUUUUAGUGAGAGGGAACCGGGUAUACAGCUAUUGCGUUUAUAAUACUCCCAAAGUGUUUGGAAGAGCAAUUCAACUGAUUGGAGACUGCUUAUAUUAGUCAAGUCACUGAGUAUAAAUCAGCUAUUGUACAUAAUGCUUAAAAAAAAGAACAGUAGUCAACAAAAGGUGGACUUGACUGUGAGGCCUGCUCAAGGUGGUGGUGCUCAGAGACGAGAGAGUACUCAAAGUGAAAGUAGUUUUGGAACUGAUCAACUGUUCGAUGAUGACCCACAAGCAACCCCCCAUGGAUCGGCCACACCUAACCCAGAGCGUAGGAGACCCACCAUCAAGAGUAUGAAGCACAAAUUCGCUAAAACACUUGGACUUAGUAAAGGCUCAAGCUCAUCUACUACUCCCUCAGAUGACACCUCUGGUGCUAGGGGCUCAAACAGUGGAACUGAACUGAUUUCGUCUCUUUCCUCAUCUCCUGUGCUGACUCAUAAAGCUAAUCCCCGAUCCCCCACGUCCAGUGAUAGACUAUCGACUGAUCUCUCAGUGACUUCCAGUCCUCCAUUACCUUCACCACUUAACGACGAUUCUACAGUGAGCAGUCCAGGACUAGAUGAAGAGGACAAAACGGUCGGUAGUCAAGAAUUUACUACAACUAAAGAAGAACAGGCCAGUAGAUUGGUAAUUGCUGCACAGAGGGCACGAGAGAGUGGCCGUGUGGACACAGGAAAACAAUUACCUCAGAUUAACAGGUUAAAGGAACAAGUGAAAGAUCUUAAGGAAAAACUCAAAGCAAAAAAUGAAGAACAUCAAACUAAAUUAGACCAAAUAGAUAUUGAACAUCAAGACAUCGAACAGCAACUUAAAACAGCCAAUCAGGAAAUUAAUGAUUUGAAAAAAACCAGUGACGCUCAACUCGAAGCACACAAAGAGGAAAUUAAACAAAAAGACAUUGAGAUAAGAAAAGCUGCAGUUCAAGUAAAGAGUUUGCAAGAACAAAAUGAGAAGGCCAAACGACCUCCACAGCAAAAAAUUGAUGCUAUCACGCAGCAGCUUACAGAGCAUUGGAAAGCUAUAACCCAGUCACACAAGGAUGAGCAUGAGCAGAAAAUCCAGCAACUUGAAGAAACUCAUUCUGAUGAGAUAAUAAACCUAACCAAAGAACACCAAGAAGAAAUUAAGAAGGCUAGAAGUGAUUGUCAGGAUCAGCUUGAAAAAUCAAUUAGGGAAGAACUGAAGAAAGAAAUCCAAGACGAAUAUGAACAGAGACGUGAUGAGGAUAUCCAAAAAGCAACGACUGAAGAAUCCGAGAGAUGGCAGGUUUUCAAUCAACAGCUCAAAGACAAACAUGAACAAAAAUUAAACCAAAUUCAAGGUGACCACAUAAAAGCUCUAGCCGAGAGAACUCAGAAACACAAAGAGGAUGUAGCUGCUCUACGCGAACAAGCAAGAACGUUGGAGUUAAAAUAUCUCAAGAAUGGAGAUUAUGUUGGGGAGGUAACACAGCACGGCUCACCAAGCACAUCCCCAGAACAAGGGAGGCAUGCACAGAAAAUGGACCAACCACAUCAGAUGAUAGCCGACAUUGAUCUGGAGAAGGAUCACCUUAAGACUGAGCUAGCUGCACAGCAACAAGUUGUUCGUGAUCUCCAACAUGAACUUAAUCAUCAGAAGGAGCAGUAUGGACAGCUUGAGAUACAAACCAUGGCCAAACAGCAAUUAUCUCUGAGCCUAUCACCAACUGAUUCAGAAGGAGAUGGGCUAGUUGAUCAAAAGGACAAUAGGACAGAUACUGAGAAACUUCGUGGUGAGCUAGAGGAGCUGACUAAAAAAGCUGAGAAAGAUGCUGUAACUCAUCGCCAAGAAGCUGAAUAUCUUCAAAGAGAGGCCACAAACCUUCAAGCCCAAGUGGAGGACCUCACUCAGAGGUUGAACGAAGUUACUGCAUCAAUUAAGGACCUUCAAGAAGUCAUUAAUGAGCAAGCUCCACCCUCUGCCGACGGUAUUCAAGCUAGUGAUGAAGGUGAUAGUGCCAAAAUACUGCAACGUAUAAAAGGCAAAUACCUUGAAAAGGCUACAGAAAUUGCUGAUUUGAAACAAGAAAAUCGAACAGAAAAGGAUCAGAUGAAACAGCGAUUUGACAGAAAAAUGGGUGAGCUAACAGAUAAAAUCCACGAGAAAGAUCGCCAGUUGAAAGCACAACGCUCCAGAGUUAGCCUCCCCCCUACUUCUAGUGUCGAUGAUGCUGACGAAGAUGAGGAGUCAUCCAUUGCAGAACUGAGAGCAACUCUCAGAACAAAGGAUAAAGAAAUUCAGUCUCUUACUAUUCAGUUACAAACUUUCCAACAAGUGGCGUCUCAGCGACAGCAGUUACAAGAACACAGUAAAGUACAGAGCACUGUUGUGGUACAACUCAAGAAAGAGGUUGCGGCAGCUCAGGAGGAACUUCGAGUAGUCAGGGAUGUAUCAGAAGCCGCCAAAAAAAUUGAAGAGCUCCAUCAGACGAUAAUCAAGUGCAAUGAAGAGCUUAGAGACCUCAAGAAAGUGAAGACAGAGGUUGAGGAUGACUUGAAUAUGCUAAAGCUUAAGUGUGAAGCUGAGCAAACAAAUCAUAAUUCUGUGAAGAGAGACCUUGCAAGGUCCCAAAGUGUUAUAUCAUCUCUUACAACUGUUCAAGUGGGAGCAGAAGAAGAUCCACAAGAGAUACAGAUACUCACGGCUGAAGUGAAUCUGUGUAAGAUUGAGGUUAAAGAACAUGAGAAAAAAGUGGAGAGACUCAACAACAGAGUCACUGAGCUUGGUAAAGCAAAUCUAUCGCUGGAGAGAAGAUUGAGAGAGUCCAAUGAAGAACGUGAUGUUUUGGCUCUACAAAGUGUCGAGUUGCGUGCUUCUAAACACAUCUACAAAGGACAGUUGGAUAAGUCCCGAAAAAGCAAAGUGGAUAUCACACAAGAGCAUCUCACUCAUCUAGCCAGCACAAUAGUCUCCAAGACUGAUGAAAAUGAUCAGCUACAAGACAAGAUAAAGGCGCUUAAGGAAGAGCUUGAGUUGGAAAAAUUUCAAGCAUUUCAAUACAAACAAGACUUUGAAGAAGAACGUGCUGCUCGAGAACAAACUGUCGGUGCAAAGGAUACACUGUCUGAUCAAAUCAGAGGCUGUAUGGCAGAAGCUGAAACAGAGAAACGAGAGAAGCAAGCUGUGAUAGCCAAACUAAAGACCACUGUCACUGAAAAACAACAAAUAGCAAAACAAAUGACACAAACUGAGAAAGACUUUGAGCUAAACCUAGGUACAAAGUUACAAGAAAUCGAGCGAAUUAAAGGAGAGAACACUCAAUUAAUGGCUCAGAUGGAGCACUUCAGAACAGAAUCGUCUAAGUUACAGCGACAACUGCAAACAGCUGAAGCAACCUAUGAAUGCAGAGAAGCUGAGCUAGUACAAGAAGUCGAUGCACUUAAGAAUGAAGUUGCUAAAACCCAAGACAAAGCUCAGAUGGCCGCUGCUAUGAAAAUUAGCUUAAAUGAACAACUCGAAAGUGUCACUCAAGAUAGAGAUAGUAAACUGAAAAAGCUCGAAAUAUUGGCUAAUGAAAAGGUAUCUGUUGAUGAUCAAUUGACUCAUGAGAGAAACCACAGUGCAGCAUUGGCACAAGAUCUUGCAGCCAAAGAACAGGAGUUGUCCCAUACAAAACAAAAUGGCAACAGGAUAGCAGAGGAACUACAAGAUGUUCACCAGAGGCUGAAGGUGUCCCUCGCUGACACAGCAAAGUUUCGCGAUGAGGUCAUGGCAAAGACGGCUCAAGUGAAGCAGUACAAGAAACAGACAGACAGUUUCAAAGCCAAAGUGGAGGAGGCCAAUACUAAACUACUGAAGACACAGCAGGAGCUGCAGCGUUGUCAAGAGCUCAUUAAAACCAUGGAAGAGGACAAUCAGUAUCUGAUUGAGCAAGCCAAAGCAACUGCAGAGAGCAAUAAGCUUGCUGCUGAGAUGGAUUUAAUCCAAUCUCAAAGACGAGUUAAAGCGUUUGAAAGAGAACUACAGGAACUUAGAAACGGUGGGGAAAUUCCCGAGGUUGUGAGGAUUGAGGUUGACAGACGAAUAGAGGUGGAACAAAAACUACUAGUAGCCGAAUCAAAAUGCAGUGAGCUAAUGGACAAGUGCAGUGAGCUAAUGGACAAAUGCAACACCCGCUAUCAAGCCAUUGAGAAGCUGAAAGGAUCACUUGCACAGCACUCGAUAGCAAUUCCUGCUUUCAGCAUUGACAAGAUUGAGAAGAUCCCAGUGCUACCACAUCAGUCCAGCAACAGUCGACUGGAUUCCCCGCAACACCAACAACCAGUCUCUCCUGUUAUGAGGGACAGCCAACUUGAUCAGCAGCAGAGAGGAGGCUACCCUCGAGACAGAGCAAGUUACGAGCAAAGGCAAGGCCCCUCAAAUCCAGCCUUCAAUACGAACCAACCUAUAAGGCGCUCCACAGAGCCUCAAAACUCAAUUCCACCCCAUAGCCAUGUCCAAACCAUACCCCCUAGAGUACAGGAAGAUGGUGCUCAGUAUUGGGAGGGUCAACGAGCCAGGGAGAGUAACCGUCAAAUGCCCCCCACCUCUCAAGCCCAACUACCAGCUCAGAACAGAAUGGAUACAGGACCUCCGAUACGAGCAAGUGACCCAGGGAUUCAGCACAACAUGGGCCAACACUAUCAAGGUCAACAAAACCAGCAGAUGACAAAUGACCCACAACAACAGCCUAUGUAUCAGUACGAGCAAGGAGGUCAACAAAACCAACCAAUCCAAUGGCUAGGUGGAUACGAUCCCAAUCAGCAAGGCGGAUACGAUCCCAAUCAGCAAGGCAGACACAAUCCCAAUCAGCAGGGUGGAUUCAAUCACGACCCUCGACAGAACCAGCAGUUGCAACAAGGCUAUGCUCAGGGUGGACCAAGCUUUAACCAUCAUGGCCAACAGCAUCACCGUGGCCACCACCCACCACCUAGAAGCCCCAACUACCAACCACAAGCGCAGAACUAUCCGCCCACUAGCUAUCCCCAAGGAAAUCCAUCGCCUUCUUAUCACCAGCAUGAAGUCAAUCAGAGCCAGCAACCCCCAAGAGGCAUGCCACAAUCUCAAGCUCAAUUUACCCCUCAAAAUCCUGUCCAACCACAACAAAUGGUGUCACAUCAAGAAAGCCCGCCAACUGGAAGGGGUCAACCAGCUCCUGAAGUUCAACCAACACCCCUACCACGAAGAAACUCUAAAGAAAAUUUACCGAACGCACCACGACUUAAACAAAGCUCGAGCGUGCAGGAAAACAUUUUGCUUCAGGGCAUAGAUCGAGACAUCAAAGACGCUGCCAAGUUUGUUAUCCAUGAAGGGGAUGAGUUGGAAUCGAUGGGACCCAAUGCUCCGUUUGACCCGAACCUCAUCUGUCCUCUGUGUAUGCGUAAUUUUAGAGUGGGAGAGAUUCAAAAGUAUAGGAAACAUGUAAAUACUUGUCAAGGAUAGUGUGUGCUAUAGCGUGUGUUGUGUUGUAGAUAUGUCAGUGGAGUUAAUUCCUUUGUGUAUAGUAAGAAAUGCUCUUAAUUUUUGUAGUGUUGUUGUCGUUAAUUUUUUAUAAUUAUCUAUACGUAUAAUCUUAAUUACAUGUAGGAUUAUAAUUAUACAAUUGUGCUGUACGUAGCUGUGAUUCAAUUUCUCUGUGUUGAUUUAAUUUUGCACUGUACUAUGCCGUUUAUUAUGUGAAUUAUAAAUUUGAUUGACGUAACUCAA